AUGCACGGCAGGGACUGUGUCAAAGUGGCCGUCAGAGUUCGACCAUUCAACAAGAGAGAACGGGAUGCAGGCAGCCGCUGCAUCAUUGCCAUGGCAGCGAACUCCAUCAGCAUCCAGGACCCGCGCGACUCUCAGUGCCGCCGUUCCUUCUGCUUUGACUAUGCCUACUGGUCCCACAGCGGUUACAUCAUUCAGGACCACACUGGCCUCUACCUGCCUGAGGAGGCAGGCGGGCGCUAUGCGGACCAGGACUGUGUCUUUCAGGACCUUGGAGAGGGAAUACUGGAAAAUGCACUCCAGGGUUACAAUGCCACUCUGCUGGCUUAUGGCCAGACAGGCUCUGGGAAGAGUUACUCUAUGGUGGGCUACAGGCCCAAUAAAGGCCUGGUUCCUAAACUGUGUGAGCGACUGUUCGAAGCCAAUAAAGAAAACCAGGAGAUGAGACAAUGCCAGGUCUUCUUCAGUAUGUUGGAAAUCUACAAUGAGCAGGUGGUAGACCUGCUGUCUCGUGGUUCUCGUCCUCCUGGGGGGCUCCGUGUCCGUGAGGAGCAGCACAGGGGCUUCUAUGUUGAGGGUCUGCGAACAGUUCCUUGCGAUAGUGCAGCACAGGUGGCGAGACACCCCACUGUGGAGCAGUUGAUGGAACAAGGCACCAGAACCAGAACCACAGCCGCCACGCACAUGAACGCAAACAGCAGCCGCUCACACAUGCUCAUUGUGUUACAGCUCAAACAGAUCUUGUCUAAAGAGAGCGUCACCAAACAGUCCAACAUUAACCUGGUGGACCUGGCAGGAAGCGAGCGUCAGAGAUCGGCGUCGUCCGAGGCCGACCGUCUCAAAGAGGGCACGGCCAUCAACUUGAGCCUCACUACUCUGGGCAAUGUCAUCAGUGCCCUCGCUGACAUGGCGGUGGGGAGGAAGGUGGUGCAUGUUCCGUACAGAGAUUCGGUUCUCACCAAACUGCUGCAGUCUGCUCUGGGGGGAAACAGCCGCACUGUUAUGAUUGCCACACUGAGCCCUGCGGACAUCUGCUAUGAAGAGUCUCUGUCCACACUACGCUUUGCUGAGAGGGCAAAGCACAUCCAGAACCGCCCUGUGGUGAACGAGCGCCCCACUGAGCGUCUGGUCAAAGAACUCAAAGCUGAGAAUAAUUUCACGAGUGGGGUGAUUGUGCGUUUGCACGGAUGCUCAGAGGAGAUCCGUCAGCUGCUGACACACAAUGAGCUCCAGAUCAGAACCAUUCACACUCUGUGGGAGCAACAUCUGCAGGAGGCGCUUCGGGACUGGGAGCAACAAUAUGCCAACAUCACACAGGAGAGGAGAAUGAUGCAGAUGUAUCCUUACAUCCUGAACAUCAACGAGGACGCUCAGCUGUCCGGUGUAGUUAAGCUGUUCAUCCAAGAGGGUGAGUGGGACAUUGGCCUCAGUGAAGGCAGCCUCAGAUCCAUCACCAUCAAGGGUUUAGGGAUUCAACAGCGCCAUCUUGUGUUGAAGAACAACCAGCGGCGUGUAACGCUAACCCCGCUGAAGGGUUCCAAGGUGACCAUCAAUGGAAAAGUGGUUUCUCAGACCACUGAGCUGCAGCACCUGGUGGGUGUCACCACAUACGCUCCCAAACAUUUUGUGGACAUAACAUUUUCAUCGGGUUCCAUCCAGGACCGACUCAUUCUCGGGUCCAACUGCACUUACCUUUAUAUCGGUUUCCCGUCUGAGAGAGUCGCUAACGACUGGAGUUGCUACGACUAUGACUACUUCCUGUCUGAGUUGGCCGCCGCUGAGGGCAUCCACCUGGGCCAUUUAUGUUUAGGUGAAAGCAGCUCAGAUUCCAGUCAGACAGAUCCCAGUUUGCUGGCCGUCUUUUAUGACUACAUCAAAUUGAUGCCCCUGGUGGCUGAAGCCAAUCAGAUGAGCCAGGAACUUAAUAAGGAUGUAGAGUUCAAACUGGAGAUUAAGAAUCUGGUGCUGUCCGACUCAAAAGGACACGACCUGGAGAAAGAGAUAGUUUGCAGAGUCACUUCUAAGCACACCAAACAGGUAUGGAUAUGGUCCAAGGCAAAAUUUGUGAACCGCAAAUUCCUGAUGGAAGAACUCUACCAGCAACAUCAGGAAGAGAUAAAAGGCCAACAUACAGGAGAAGGCCUCUCCAUUGCUGGCCUGCCCAGAGACAAAGACCCUUUUUGGGAUCCAGUAGAGCCGUUGCUCCUGGGCACUACUCACCUCUGGCUGCAGUCUCUGGCCUUCCGUAUUCCCGUGGACGAGCAACUGGAGGUGCUUGGGUCCGAAGGUAGUGAGGAGGCCAUUCUUCAAGCUAAGCUCGUUCCUUGCACCGCUGACGGAUUGCCUCUGGGCGAAGACGACAUCCUCAUCGACCCGUCUGAGCUGCUCGGCCGGCGUCUUGACGUCCAGCUGGUUGUGGAGCAAUGCUUCGGUUUGCGCUGGAUCAGGGAGGCUCGCAGUCGAGGCAUUCAGAUUGGCUACUCGACUACCUUCAGAGCAGCGCUGUUCUUCUGGAGCUUUGGGGGCUUCAAGGUGUGA